AUGUCCUCAGCACCUAGGAAGAAGGUUCUAUUGAAAGUCAUCAUUCUGGGCGAUAGCGGGGUGGGCAAGACUUCUCUAAUGAAUCAGUACGUUAAUAAGAAGUUCAGUCCGCAAUACAAGGCGACUAUUGGGGCUGAUUUCCUCACGAAGGAGGUGACGAUCGACGACAAGGUGGUGACACUUCAAAUUUGGGACACAGCUGGCCAGGAGAGAUUCCAAAGUCUAG